AUGCCCGUGCGGGAGCACGAGCAACCCGACCGACAGGGUUCAGAGAGCUCGACCAGCAGCUGGAAGUCCCAAGACACUGUCCGGAAUAACGACACAUUGCGCCCGGAUCAGAAUAAACCACCAUCUAACGGUCGCAAUGCUGAACAAUUUCCUGGAAGUCUAAAUAUGGACAAAUCUGGGCCGUCCAAAGGUCAGGGAAUGGACUGGGGAUGGACGUGGAGCUCCCCAGACAUUUCCCCCACCGAGGAACGGAAGGGCUCUGGUUUCAGCAACCAUCGCAAGGCUCUGGCAGUCCUUGGAGCUGGUGAUGAUCCCGCCCGAUCCGUUUCUUCGACUCCACAUCCUCCUCCCAUCAAUCCUCCUCGCACCCGUUCCGAAGAACUCGACUCGGUUGCUCCGUGGGUGACGACUGCCAACUCCGAAGGCCCGGGAACCUUUUUCAACUCCGCCUCCGAAUAUGAAGCUUCGCCGGCGUCGGCGACGUUUCGCCCGACUACCGGGCGGACUUUCGCUAGUGAACCCGCCGAUAUGGAUUGGAAUGGGGACCACCGCAGGCCGUCUACUACUAGUAUGACGAGUAGUACAGGGUCAAAGUCCAGCACGAAGCUAUGGAAGAAGAAAUCCAAGGCUUCGGCUAGUGAUGAAUGGCCUGUGCCAGAUGAGCCUGACGAGGAUGGUCAACAUAGCUUAUCCGGUCGGCGAGGAGGCCCAAUUGAUAAAAUCAAGUCUCGGGAGAGAGCCAACUCGGAUGGCUCAGAGGCAUCACAGCGGCCGUUACGAGCUCGAGGGGGAGCGGGAACCCCCGCCCCGUCUAGUGAGAUUACACCGUGGUUGUAUCAAAACGUUCACGACAUAUCACAAUAUGGCGAAGCUCCCGUGCGACAAGUGCCAAUUGGGCCUGAUGGCCAACGUCUCGCCUCCGCCGGGGGUCUUCCCCGUGGUACGGCCAGAGAUACUCAUCGAAGAGCGGCUAAUGGACACCGUCAUUCGCGCAGCAAAGAGGAGAAACCAACUCUUGCCGGCGAUCUGGCUGGAUACCAGUCUCGUCCCUCCGGUGGACGGGAUGACUUCUCUGUCGGACUGAAGCCAUUUAAUGACCAUUACCUCAAUUCAUCUAGUGCCAUGAGCUCACAGACCACCCUAGGUGGGCGGCCAACCAGCCCGACUCCCAGUGUGCAAAGUGCUAUUUACCGUGAUCAUGGUCAGAGUUCCCCAGGGGCUCCACACGAUAAACGAGGUCUCCUCACUCGAGUCCGACACUUGUUGCCGGGCUCGCACAAACCACAUGAGAAAUCCAAGCAUGACCAUACUCUGCGCCGGCAGCCAAGUCUCGAAGGAAGUUCCACUCGCCUUGAUUCAGGAGACUCGGACCGAAAGAAGGAGACCACAAAGCGGAAGCUCAAAGGGCGAUUCCCCAUUGGUGGGGAUCCUCAUGCUUCCAGAGAGCAUGCAGCUCAAGAUGAAGAAGGCUCGCAUGUCUUCAAGCUGGAUACCAAUUUAAAGGAUUUGGACGAUAUCGUUCGCGCAGCUUCUCCCAGUCAGAUGAAACGUGUUGCCGAUGGCACAACCACACCACGGGAGGACCCGACCAAGUCUGAACAGGCAGGAAUUCUUGAUACCUGGUCGGCUCCGGAAAGUUGGGCCGUCAAGAAGGAAAAGGAUCUCGUCGUGGAGGCUGCACCACAACCUACCAGCGCUGCCUAUUUUAUCCGCGUCUUCCGUAUUGACUCGACCUUUGCCACGCUGUCCGCGGGUGUAAAUGCAACCGUUGCCGAGAUCCUGUAUAUGCUUGGGCGCAAGUCUUUCUUGCAGGAUCAUCUCAAUAACUAUGAGAUUGUGCUCCGGAAAAAUGACCUAUCCCGACAGCUCGAUCAUAAUGAACGGCCAAUCCUCAUGCAGAAACAACUUUUGGAACAAGUUGGCUAUACUGAGAAGGACCGUAUAGAAGACAUUGGUCGUGAGGACCACAGCUAUCUCUGCCGCUUCAUCUUCUUGCCGACAAAGCUCAGCGGUUAUACCAGUCUCGAGGGUGAUCCUGGCUUUAGCAAGUUGUCAAAGUUCAGCCACGUGGAUCUUCAGGGCCGAAGCUUGGUCACUAUUCCUAUUACCCUGUACAAGAAGUCCUCCGAGAUCAUCUCGUUGAACUUGUCCAGGAAUUUGUCUCUGGAUGUGCCCAAGGAUUUCAUCCAGAGCUGCAUCAACCUGCGUGAAAUCAAAUUCAUUGGCAAUGAGGCUAAACUUCUUCCGUCGAGUUUCAGCUUGGCCAGUCGCUUGACGUACUUGGACAUCUCCAACAAUUUCCUGGAAGAGCUGGAACAUGCGCAACUUGACCGACUGGUUGGUCUCGUCAGCAUCAAGAUGGCGAAUAACCAGUUGACCAAGCUGCCCAGCUACUUUGGAAACUUCCAGUAUCUCCGGAGCCUGAACAUGUCUUCGAACGGCUUCAAGGUGUUUCCGGAGUUUCUUUGCAAGCUGCGAAGCUUGGUUGACGUCGACAUCAGCUUCAACAGCAUUGAGGAAAUUUCCAACAUCGGUCAGCUGGUUACGCUUGAACGCCUUUGGAUGACCAACAACAACAUCAGCGGAUCUCUUGAUGAGUCUUUCCGAGAGCUGGUGAACCUGAAGGAAAUUGAUGGUCGCUUCAAUGCAAUCACCAACAUUGACAACUUGUCCCGGCUUCCUCGCUUAGAGCAAGUAUUCUUCGGCCACAAUCUCAUUUCUCGGUUCCGUGGAGCGUUUCCCAAGCUGCGCAGUUUGCACAUGGACCACUGCCCGCUGACCCAGUUUGAUAUUGACGCUCCUAUGCCGACUUUGAGCUCUCUUAACCUGGCAUCCGCCAAGCUGUCCCAAUUCCGUGAUGCCAUGUUUGAGAACUUGCCGAAUGUCUCCAAGCUUAUCCUCGAUAAGAACCAUCUUUCAUCAAUCUCGGCACAAAUUGGCAAGCUGCGACGCCUGGAGCAUUUCAGUAUUAUCAAGAAUCCACUGGGUUCCUUACCUGCCAGUAUCGGUUGCAUGACAGAGCUCAAGGAACUCAACGCGCGAGAAUGUAACCUCAAGUUCUUGCCAGAUGAGAUUUGGCACUGCGCCAAGUUGGAGACUCUCAAUGUUUCCACGAACCUUCUGACUACCUUCCCCAAACAUGGUGCCCCUCAGCCACUUGUUCCUGGCGAGCCGACCAGCACUCCUGUGUCCACCCCGGCACUAACGGGAACCCCCACAUACGAGGAACUGGGUCCCCUGGACGAACCCAACUUCCGUCGGGCCAGUCAAACUUCUGGCGGCUUGGGGUCAGGUUCAUCCCCGAGUGGCUCAUACCGACACCCGUCGACUACAUCUUCUAUUGGACAGACAGGUCCAAGGAAGGUUUCCACGGCAUCUCGGACCGCCACCGAUGCGAGCUGCGGAUCUCGCAAGGAUUCGAAUUUCUCGCAGCAUGCAGCGGCUCUCACUUUUGCUGGGUCUCUCCGCAACUUGUAUCUUGCUGAUAACCAGUUGGAUGACGACAUUUUCCGCGAGCUUGCUCGUCUCCCUGAGCUUCGCAUUGUCAAUUUGUCCUAUAACGAGUUGACUGAGCUACCACAGGGGGUUCUCAAGCGAUGGCCUUUGAUUUCCGAGCUCUACCUAUCCGGUAAUGAGCUCACCUCGCUUCCAUCCGAUGACUUGGAAGAAGGCAGCAAUCUCAAGAUUCUUCAUAUCAAUGGCAAUCGAUUCCAGGUCCUGCCUGCGGAGCUUUGCAAGGUUAGCAAGCUUUCCGUUCUCGAUGCGGGAAGUAACGCGUUGAAAUACAACGUCUCUAAUUGGCCCUAUGAUUGGAACUGGAACUGGAAUCGAAGCUUGAGGUAUCUCAACUUCUCCGGCAAUAAGCGUCUUGAGAUCAAACCCAAUAUUGGCACUGUUGGCCAGUCGACUGGAAGUGGUGCCGAUCUGACUGACUUCACGUCUCUGACCCAUCUCCGAGUUUUGGGUCUGAUGGAUGUCACCUUGACCAUUCCGACUAUUCCUGACGAGAACGAGGACCGUCGUGUGAGGACAUCUGCCUCUCUGGCUGGCUCACUUGCCUACGGUAUGGCAGACUCGCUUGGCCGGACUGAGCAUCUGUCUAUCAUUGAUAUGAUUGUUCCUCGCUUGAAGCCUGACAACGUUGAGACAUUGGUUGGUAUGUUUGACGGCUCAACUAUGUCCAGUGGUGGCUCCCGGGUUGCAAAGUAUCUUCACGAGCACUUCACGCCGACCUUCUCGCGUGAGCUGAAGAAGCUCCAGCAAGACCGGGGAGAAACCCCACUUGAUGCUCUGCGGCGUGCAUUCUUAGCUCUGAACAAGAACAUGGCUGGGCAUGCUUACCGGUCCAUUGAUGACCGUGAGCUCAGACAGUAUAACCGCCGAUCACUUGCCUCGAAACAGCUCUGCCAGGACGAUAUCCAGGCUGGUGGAGUCGCCACUGUGCUGUACCUGAAUAAUAUGGAUCUGUAUGCGGCCAAUGUCGGCGAUGCACAAGCGAUUUUGGUCAGGCAAGAUGGUUCAUCGCGCCAAUUAACUCGUGUUCACGAUCCCGCGGAAUCCAGCGAACGGGCACGCAUCCGUGCUGCCGGAGGAUUUGUGUCUCGCAAUGGCAAGUUGAAUGACGUGCUCACGGUUUCGAGAUGCUUUGGCCAUUUCCCCAUGAUGCCUGCUGUCAUCGCUGCUCCCGCCACAUUGCAUACCACCUUGACUGAGCAAGAUGAAAUGAUCAUCUUAGGCUCAAAGGAGCUGUGGGAUUAUAUUACUCCCCAGUUGGUGGUCGACGUUGCUAGGGAUGUGUAUCCGAACCUCAUGCUUGCAGCUCAAAAGCUUCGUGAUCUGGCUAUUGCCUUUGGGGCAACGAACAAGUUGAUGGUGAUGAUUCUGGGUGUCAGCGAGCUCCAGCGCCGGCAGAAGAAGUGGUCGCGUCCUAGCAUGAACUUGGAACGCUCUGCUUUCGCUGAUGAUGGCAUUGUUCCCUCGACCAAGAUUCGUCGCAGGGCUCGUGAUAUGCCAGCCGAUACUCGUCUCGCGCGCUUUGAUUAUGUUGACGCUCCGAUUGGUGAACUGGCUAUCAUCUUCACUGAUAUUAAGAAGUCGACUGGUUUGUGGGAGUCUUGCCCCGAUGCUAUGCGCUCGGCCAUCUCCAUUCACAACGACAUUCUUCGGCGACAACUCGGCAUCAUUGGUGGUUACGAGGUCAAGACUGAAGGUGACGCUUUCAUGGUGGCCUUUUCAACCACUACUUCUGCCUUGCUGUGGUGCUUCAAUUGCCAGAACAGUCUUUUGGAAGCUGAAUGGCCUACGGAGAUCUUGGAUCAGCCGCAGUGUGAAGUCACUUCCGACAUGGAAGGGAAUAUCAUCUCUCGCGGUCUGUCUGUACGUAUGGGUGGCCAUUGGGGCGAGCCUGUCUGUGAAAAGGACCCGGUUACCAACCGUAUGGAUUACUUUGGUCCUAUGGUCAAUCGGGCCUCUCGAAUCUCCGCCGUUGCCGACGGAGGACAGAUUUUCGUGUCGUCGGACUUUAUGAGCGAUAUCCAGCGUAACCUGGAGAUCUUCGCUGAUGCCGAACGCUCCGCUUCGACUAGUUCGACUGACAGCCAUCCACGAGUCGAUAGCCUUGGGCACAACAUCCGUCGCGAGCUCAACCAGUUGAACAGCCAAGGCUUCGUGAUCAAAGACCAGGGCGAGCGGAAGCUGAAGGGACUGGAGAACCCAGAACCAUUAUACCUUGUCUAUCCUCAUUCGCUCGCGGGUCGCUUGACAACCCUUGAAGAGGCUCAACUGGAGAAAGAAGGCCAGCCCGCGACUAUGGAAAAGACAUCCAAGCUUAACUUGAACACUGAUGAUAUCUGGCGUCUGUGGGAAGUCACUCUCCGUCUAGAGCGGAUUUGCGGCGCUCUAGAGGAUCCCACUGGAGCAGGGCUUAGAGAGCCGAAUGUCGCUUUGUUUAAUAUGGUCAAGAAUCAUGGCGGCGAACUAAAUGAUUCCACUGUGCUAAGCUUGAUCGACCAGCAAGUCACUCGUAUCGAGGCUACCAUCAACACUCUCACAGUCCGCAACAUGAUGCGCCCCUUCAAGCCGGGUGAUCGACUCGAAGACCACGCCGCUCCCAUCGGCGAAAUCUUCCAACAACUAGCAACCCAACUCGCAGAGUACCGCGCCCUCAAAGAGCAAAUGGCUGUCGGGGCUGCUGGCAUCCCCGGUGGUCCACCCGCCCCCCAUUACAGCGGUAUCAGUCUGCACUCAAACCUCAGUGCAGACAGCAACACUACCUCCGCUUCAUCCUCCUUCCUCCACUUGGAUAAUCCGCGGUCCUUUGAAUCCCGCAAUAACCAAUGAUCUGAUCUGGCCUGGUGCACUUAUCUUCUCUACCUCUACAUCUUCAUCUUCAUCUUCAUCUACUCAAAUAUCUAUCUACGCGGUGAUCCCUAUUUGAUCACUUUAAUCACGCCUUUUGCACUUCUCUUCUCACUUUUGCUUUCUUUUUUGGACUCGAAAUCUUCUCAUGUCUUGUGGGUGGCGUCUCACAUGGUGGGGUGUCUUUCAGAUUUUCGGGUUUUCAGAUUGUGUUUUUCUUUUUUCUUUCUUUAUUGCGUUUUCUCCUUUUCUUAGGCGGCAUUCGGGGGCAUGGUGCUAUGGUGGAUUUUGGCUUUUGGCUUCUGCUGAUAAUUACUUCGGAUUUUGGAUUGUAUUUUGGUUACCUCUGGUUCCCGAUUCUGAUCUCUUGAUUGGUAUGUAGGAUGGAUGGUUGGAGAGGGGCUUGAAUAUACAUACAAUCUUUUUUUGGUUCUUUUCA